UUCCUGCCAACCUGGAGCUCGUUGCGCCGGUUCCCAUAAGAAGAAUAUAAUUUCCUCUUGCCCGUCCCUGGUUUGGCUCCCAUUCCUCGCGCGUAGUUGACUUUCCUACCUAUCUUCUCGCACUCCACGUUUUGCCCUUCAGUUGUGUCCCAUUUUUGGGUUGCUUGCGGCGUGGCGCAUCCGGCAUCUCCGACGACCGAGCUCCGACAGGCGACAGAAAGCACCUUGUAGCGACCGCGCAUAUUCGGCGUGUACCAAAGGGCAAUCCACCGGACCAGUUUCCACUUUAGGGUACUUGAUAGCGUUUGUUUUCUUCCUCGAUAAAUGGCCGAAUAGGGAGUCGUACUUAUCUCUCCAUCUCGGAGGGGAAAUUCCAGCCAAUACGAGCCAUCGAUUGCAAGUCUGUAGGCAGCGACUUCAGCGAAUCCAGCAACGCAAGGUUUCGAGGACGACAGCGACACUUUCCUAUUACGACGGACGAGUCUGCCGAAAAGAGGAAGGUGCAUCGCGAACCCACAGACAUCCGCAACAAACCCAGCGAAACACUUCAGCACCCGGACGCAUCAGUCACAUUUCCGGCACGCAUUUGACACUGGCGGCGCAACCCACUUCCACUUCCACACCACCUGCCACCAUCACUGGCAACAACCACCACCACCACCACCACCACAAACUGUGCCCAAGAGACAAACCAUUCAUACAGACACCUACCAGAACCCGAAUUUGUUUCAAGACAUCUGCAGCGAGUCAAGCAGCUGGAUCGGUCUUGCUUCCCAGGUCAACCCAAGCAAGCAGAAGCAAUUGUUUGGGAAUCGCACUGUUGUCUCAGCCAGUCUGGAAGCGCCCGGCACUCGGAUUAGGUCGUUGCAGUGCGCAAGCAGCAAGACCGAAAUAUUGAAAGACACAUACAAGCUUGGCAAGGUUCUGCUUGAGGACUCGCAAAACAGUUGACAUACCUUAGCUUCCGCUCGUCACCCGGCAAGUAAUAUCCUGAGGAAUCCAUUCGGGAUCUCGUUUGCCGUCUUGCGCUUUCCACUCUCACCUCCACCAAGUCCAUUUCCCUGCGGUCUCGAACCCGCACCAUCACCAUCCUCGGGUUUAUCUGCAUUUUCUGCAUCGCCUCACACACACUAGGGGCAGGAACAACACAGCAGAGAGGGGCCCUGGAGAAAAGGAGUGCCCAAGUGCGUCGAGACGUCAGCCAGCGUCGCGAUUGAUAGGCCGGCGGCACACCAGCACCAACCCAGGCUCGGUACCUAACAACUAGUCCGACUAUACCUUGUCCCAGGGGGGCUGCUCACCUGCGACCAACCUGGUUUGGGACGUGGGACACGCACGUUGCUGCGAUCCAUCCGACGUCGAUUUCCAAUCCCCCCAUCCCCCAAUAAUCCCGUCCGCCGCGCUUCAAGGCACAGCUGUUCGCCUCUUUUCAAUCAAUUUCCUGCCGACCCAACACCCCCCGGAUUUGCAGAGCAUUCCCAGGGAUAUUCAACCACUCAUCCCAAAGCCAACCACUCGCUCCGUGUCGCUCCAAUCUUUACUUUUCUUCCCCAUCACGCUCUCCUGAUUUUCACAACCUCCAACAGUGUCCAAGUCGACCAUGAGCACCGCCAUUGCCAUGGCCGCGUCUCCGGCUCCUCACGACAGGCCCAACUACGGCUCCGACGUCUCUGCUAACACCGCUGCGUCCGCUUCCACAUCGUCGCCCAGCGCGCAACGAACGGCCGCUGUACCACCACCGCCGCCCCCAUCCUCUUCGAACCCGAAUGCGCCAGCUCCCCGGUCAGGUAGUGGCAGCCCCCGAGCUGUGGGUGCGACACCCGCUGCACACAAAUCCUCUCCACCCAGCGCUUCUCGCAGCGCUGGUGGCUCGGCGCCCAGGAUCAUUGUCAAGAAGGAACCAGGCUCGCCCGACGUCCAACAACAACCACCGCCACCACCACCACCCCCCACUGCCAGGCACCGACCCAGCAGACUGGAUCUAUCCAAGAACACAAACACCAACAACGGCGUUCCGGGUUCUGCACGACCACUCACUGCCCGUGACACCAGUGGACUUGGUAUCAAGGAAGUCGGCAUCGCUUGUUUAUCGCCCGGCUUCAUUACCCACGACCCGCUCAUGAAGGAGCAAGUACAUCGCAGUAUGAGCGUGAAGGAGCAGCAGAAGCGGAUCAUCGAGUCCAGGUUACAACAACAGUCGGCCGGCUUCAAGGCCCCCGAAAUUCCAGAUAGGGAUAAGGAUGGAGGACACUUCGCUGCAAAGACACCAGGCCUAGCACGGAAGCGUGGCCCUCCGCCAGGAUUGAGCAUCGUCGCUCCCUCCCACGAGCAGUUCGCCAACGAAAGGGUCAUCCAGUCUGCGCCCCUUGGCCAGUCGUUCCCUGGCAGACAGAAUCCUCACCCCUUGACCCGUCACCUCAUGAACCAUAGUUCGAAUCUCGCCAGCACAUCGCACAUCCACCAUGUGCCUGCCAAGCAAACAAACAAUAGACUGCCGCCGAUUUCAGAUGUAUUUGGUCAGGGCCUGUCUGGCCAUCCGGAUUCAAGUGGGCAUGCUCUCUUUGCCAGCCAGAGUCACAACCACGGACCGCUGGCAUCACCUCACCAUCCACCGCCGCCUCCACCGCCGCAACCUCAAGCCCCUGCAUCUGCCAGGACAAGGGAGUACAAGUCCGCCGAGGAAGCACAGCAAGACCUGGCGGCCGGCCGAACAGAACUACUGCCCAAGUAUGUACACUAUAACAGCAGUAGCAGUCAACACCAACCCCCGACACCGCCAUCUCCCCCCAACGGCCCAGCGCAUCAUCACGCGCCACCACCGCCGACAUAUCUGCCUUCUACGCACGCAUCGUCCUCUCAAAGAGGCCCGCCCUCCCAUAUCAGUAAUCAUAUGACCGACGCCAGCCGAAGCGCCAGUAACAAUACUCCCGGCAAUAAUUACAGCAGCAGCAACAUUCACAGCAGCACACUUCCCUCGUCGUCCGCUCCUAAGAGGAGGUCGCGGGUCGAGUACGAGGAAGGUGGAACCCCCCCGCUCGGUAAUGGGAGGGCGCCACAAAGGAGGUCAGGGCCGUUCGGCGAAGGAAGAGAUAGCCCCGAGACACAAAGGGCGAAGAAGGAGGAGUUCAUCAGGCUUUGCGAAAGAGCUUGGGAUCUUUUCCACUCCUGAUGAUACUACUGCUACCAAGCGAUAUCAUACCCGCAUUAUCACAAUAUCAAUUACAUAGCUGCACUAAUAAGCUUCAAGCUUUGGCCUCCCUUCUUUUCACACCUUUUUUCUUCUUACAUUCCCCUCUUCCAUUACCUCUAUCCGACAGGGUAUGAUUAUUACCACUACUGCCCAUCACCUCCAAAAUCUAUUUUCUUCACAAUCAUCUUUCUUCUUCUCAUGUCUUUAAAUGGGUUGGUGGCAUUGGUACGGCGACUAGAGCCGGGUUGGGGGCGCGCGCGUGUGAUGGAUGGAUGGAUGGACUGGCUGCUAGGUUUUAGGUGUUGCUUUAUGUUCGUUUUUAUGUAAGGGACGGAUGUACUGGACUGGACUGGACUGGGCUGGACUGGACUGGACCGGACUGGACUGCGUUUGGUGGGCUGAUUAAUCUAUUAGGCGGAUGGCAAUGACGCCCAAAAGUCGAAAGUUUACUGAAAUGUAGCUUCUUCUCAAAGCUAUCUUCAUUAUGUUUCGUUGAUUGUGUGUAUCCGUGUCCAAAAUAAGGAAUAAGAGGGUGCCGAGAGAGAGAGAUGGGUAUAUUAUAUACCAAGUGUGCCUGUCACCCUAUCAUCAACUAGAUCAUUUUUUGUGGUUCUCGUAUUAUACUUCAUUGCUGUGUUGUACGUUGGACAUCACAUCUCCU